GCCAAGAGCGAACUCAAGCUCCGGUCCGGGCGUGCAUUUCCUCCACAAAUACGCUCUGUCUACAAAAACUCAUCAAAUCCGAAGUUCGAAACUCACAGAGUUUGAACGUGUGCGUUUUUCGUCCUCAAUUUGAGCCUUUUGUUUUUGUAUCAGUUUUGGUGGUCGUCCUUUUUCGGAGCCGUAUAAAUAUAGCCAAAGCUUAAAUUCAUCCCUUUUCUUCCCCACGAGAUAUAUGCAAUUUUAUAUCUGGGUUUGUCAGUAAAACCGAGCAAAUGCACUGUAACUACUUCAAGUUGGGGGUUCUUGCUUCAUAAGCCUGAGCAGCGAGCACUAUGUUGGAGUCAAUUCCUCGUUGCCAAAGAUCUAAGGGAUAUGACAUAUUCAAACAAAAGAGCCCAAUUGGGGCUUGCUCCCAUGCUACUUCACGACUUGGUGGAAAAUAUAUUCAAAUGCCUUAUUCCCGAAACCAGCAAGUGUGUCUAUCAUCAUAUGCCAUCAAUUAUAGGAUGAGUCAGAGUUCUUUUGUUUCAGGAUAUUUUUUUGGCGGGGCACAUUCAUUAUUUCCCUCGGUAUCUAAUUGGGGAGGAUUCUGUUUUAACCAUAGAUUGGCCCCUCGGGAAAGAUCCCGGGUAUAUGCAGCAAUUGAUGUUGCCAAUGCUCUUGAGGUCAUUAAUGAUUUAGGUUCGGAUACCUUGACAUUCUUAGCUGUGACUGUCUUGGUUGUUCCGGCCUUCAAGAUCAUUAGAGCUAGCCCAAUACUUGGUUUCUUCUUUGGGGGGAUUGUCCUCAAUCAGUUUGGCUUGUUUAGGAAUCUUACUGACGUGAAAGUUCUGUCUGAAUGGGGUAUUCUUUUUUUGCUGUUUGAGAUGGGCUUGGAGCUUUCAUUUGCUCGCCUGAAAGCUCUUGCAAAAUAUGCCUUUGGCAUGGGAUUGACUCAGGUUGUGUUAUGUACUCUUGCUUUCACAGCAUUUGAACUUCCUCCUAAUGGGGCCAUUGGAACAAGAAUUUUGGAAUUUCUUUUUCACUCAAGGCCUGAUUUGGUCAACAUCAGAAGCAUUGAUGAGGCUGUAGUGAUUGGUGCUGCUCUCUCUCUGUCUUCCUCAGCUUUUGUUCUGCAGCUUCUUGCAGAGAAAGGUGAGCUCCCAACCAGAUUUGGCUCAGCAACCCUUGGCAUACUUCUGUUACAGGACAUAGCGGUUGUCCCGCUCUUAGUCAUACUUCCAGUGCUAGAGAGCCAGAAUCUGGUAGAGGAAAGUAUUUGGCCAAUGCUUGCUAAAGAAAGUUUAAAGGCUUUAGGUGGGUUGGGUCUGCUUUCUCUUGCAGGAAAGUUCCUUCUCAGACGAGUUUUUGAGGUUGUUGCAGAAGCGAGAAGCUCAGAGGCUUUUGUUGCACUCUGCCUACUUACUGUUGCUGGGACUUCUCUUCUCACCCAGGAGUUGGGCUUCAGUGAUACGCUUGGAGCUUUCUUAGGUGGGGCACUAUUAGCAGAAACAAAUUUCCGGACACAAAUUGAAGCUGAUAUAAGGCCAUUUAGGGGUUUGCUUCUAGGGUUGUUUUUUGUCACUACAGGGACAUCCAUUGAUACGCAGCUCCUUUUCCGAGAGUGGCCAAAUGUGCUUUCACUCUUGGCAGGUUUGAUCGCCAUCAAGACACUGAUCAUAACUGCAAUAGGUCCCCGUGUUGGAUUGACUAUCCAGGAAAGUGUGAGAAUAGGAUUGCUUCUAUCUCAAGGAGGCGAGUUUGGAUUUGUAGUUUUUUCUCUUGCAAACAGGCUUGGUGUGUUACCUCUUGAGCUUAACAAGCUGCUCAUAAUUGUUGUUGUCUUGUCAAUGGCAUUAACCCCAUUUCUCAAUGAAGCUGGAAGAAGGGCUGCUGAAUUUAUUGAGGACAACUCUGAUGCAGAUGAUAAAGCUGCUGAGAUGGGAGGCUUUGAUGUCAGUGAGCCUGUGGUCAUCCUUGGGUUUGGACAAAUGGGUCAGGUCCUUGCCAAUUUCUUGUCCACCCCAUUGGCUUCUGGAUUAGAUGGUGAUGCUUUGGGAAUGCAUUAUGUUGCCUUUGAUCUUGAUCCUUCUGUAGUGAAGGCAUCCAGAAAACUUGGUUUUCCAACUCUUUACGGGGACGGGUCGCGCCCAGCAGUUUUGCAGUCUGCUGGUAUCUCUUCUCCAAAAGCUGUCAUGGUUAUGUACACAGGGAGGGACAGGACAAUUGAGGCUGUUCAAAGACUUCGACUUGCUUUCCCUGCAAUCCCAAUUUAUGCAAGAGCUCAGGACCUCAAGCAUCUUUUAGAUCUAAAGAAAGCAGGUGUGACAGAUGCUAUAUUGGAAAAUGCAGAGACAAGUUUACAGCUGGGCUCUAAACUUUUGAAAGGACUUGGUAUCAUGUCUGACGAUGUAAACUUUCUGAGUCAGCUUGUUCGUGACUCCAUGGAGCUACAAGCUCAAGAUGGACUCAGAAAAACUGAUGAUCGAGAAUUGGAAAUCAUGAAGCCAUUACAGGUGAGAGUUGCUGACCUAGUUGGUGACCAAGCACCCAUUUCUUCAACUUCAUCCAAAGACAUAUUAUCAAGGGCGAACCUGAGGGAUGCAUCUCGUCUUUUGGGGCUUCAAGGAGGAGUAGAUCAAGCGACAUACAAUACUGAGCUCAAGGAGUCUGAAAAUUCAGGCAAUGGCGUUUUGUAUUGUGAACUGGGUAACAGUUUACCAGUCAAGUCUGAAGAUGCUGAGGGAGACAAAAAUAUGGUGGAUCCGUCACUGCCUUGCAUAGCAGCUACAGAUGAAUCUUAAAAACUUGCAAACUAGAAAUGCCCUUGACUCCUCUCGCUCUCUCUCUGGGGUAAACAAUUCUUGUUUUUUGGCAAGCCUAACAGUACAGACGACUCACAGAAAGUAACAAGCUAAACAUUUUAAAGGGUGACAAGGAUUGAUCCGGCAAAGAAAAAAGAGAGGCCAGUCAUUUUUGAAUGAACCACACCAUGUAUAUUGUGUAAUUUGAUGAAAAUACUCGAUUAAUAAAAAUGUUACCUUUUCGCUUC